AUGGCGACCCCCAUUGCGCAUACACUGAUGAAGUUGACUUUUGUAAUUUGUAUCCACUCGUUGCAGUAUAUCAGUCGGUAUGUUGACAAUGGCGUCGCGAAUAUUGUUCCUGAGGUGUGCUAUGCACUUCACCUUGGAGGUCCGUCGGAUCGGAGCUUGCAGCCGACUGCGCUGCAGCAUCGAUGCGGGGACAUAGCGGACACCGUUGAAGAGGUGUCUGACGUAGAAAACACUCCGACAUCGCCACCAGCUACAGAUGUCGCUGCACCGCGGACUCAGUCAUCCCUGGCUUUAAACAGGCUCACCUCCCAGGUAGCCAACACUCCGCCUCCAUCAACAACAGCCACUGAUCUCGCUGCCCCCGGGACUCAGCCACCCCUGGCACAGAGCAGGCUCACUUCCCAGGUAUCCACCACUCUGCCACCGCCAACAACAGCAAGUAAUGUCACUGCCCCCCGGGAUAAGCCGCCCGUGGCUCAGAACAAGCUCACCUCCCAGGUAGCCACCACUCCGCCACCAACAACAACAGCAAGUAAUGUCGCUGCCCCCCGGGCUCAGCCGCCCCUGGCUCAGAACAAGCUCACCUCCCAGGUAGCCACCACUCCGCCACCGUCAACAAUAGCAAGUAAUGUCGCUGCCCCGCGGGCUCAGAACAAGCUCACCUCCCAGCCGCCCCUGGCUCAGAACAAGCUCACCUCCCAGGUAGCCACCACUCCGCCACCGUCAACAACAGCAAGUAAUGUCGCUGCCGCCCGGGCUCAGCCGCCCCUGGCUCAGAACAAGCUCACCUCCCAGGUAGCCACCACUCCGCCACCGUCAACAACAGCAAGUAAUGUCGCUGCCGCCCGGGCUCAGCCGCCCCUGGCUCAGAACAAGCUCACCUCCCAGGUAGCCACCACUCCGCCACCGUCAACAACAGCAAGUAAUGUCGCUGCCGCCGGGCUCAGCCGCCCCUGGCUCAGAACAAGCUCACCUCCCAGUAGCCACCACUCCGCCACCGUCACAACAGCAAGUAAUGUCGCUGCCGCCCGGGCUCAGCCGCCCCUGCUCAGAACAAGCUCACCUCCCAGGUAG